AUGAAUUUAAAUAAUUUACCUGAUGAAGUUCUUUUUUACUCAAAUGAUCAAUUUUAUCAAUUUAUUGAAAGCUGCUUAGGUGCUGAUGAAAUGAAUUUAUUGAAAGUACAAUCAAUAAAAAAUAUUAGAACGUUAAUAAAAAUACCAGAUAUUUUUUCUGCUCUUACUAUUAAAUGUAAAGAACUUGCUGAUCUCAAAAGUCGUUUAUGUUUCGUUGAUGAAGAUAAUAAUAGUAUAAUUAUUAAAGCAGGUGUUAAAACGGACUUUGAUAAUUUAAUAGCCAUUCUGAAGGAGAAGGAUUACAAAUAUUUAAAAGGAACGAAAAAGUCAAAGUCAUCAUCUUCUUUUACCACAAACUCUCUUGUUUCGAAUACAUCUGUAUUAAAUACAACCAAUUCAAAUAUUAUCGAUUCACCUCUAAUAUCAACACCUACAACAGCAAUUAAUUUGACGUCAAUAAAUGAUUAUAUACAAGUGAUUGUUGAUAGUAUUGAAAAAUACUCAAUCAAUACUUUUGGCAAUAUUAUUUUAAAACAUGAUGAUGAUUAUAUGAUACACUUAAAUCAAUCAGAUACAUUUAUUGAUGGAUACAUUAAAUGUCGUUGUAAAUCAACAAUCAAACUUCCAUUUCGUUUAAAUACUAAAUCAUUUCAACUGUCACACUAUUUUAAACAUUUGAAGCAUAGUCUUUGUCCUAUGAUGAAAAAGAAAAGACAAGAAUUGAAGAAAAACAGUAAUUUAUCACACAAUAUUAAUCAAAAUAAUAUUCUUCCUAGCCUUGAAGAUGAAAUUAAUUUUGAUGAAGACAGUAUGGAUAGUUUAAAUGAAAAUUCACAAAUUACCACCAAUAAGCCAAUAUCAACCUAUUCUGAUUCUUCAAAGGAAAAGAGACCAACAUCAUCAUUAUUAUAUAGUACAAAAAGAACAAAAAUAUCUUAG